AUGCUUUCAGUUAUUUACAAUAAUAUAGAAAUUGUUUAUCAGAAAAUAGGUGAUUAUCAACAAGUUUUGAAGUAUAUUGAAAAAGCAUUCAAUAUCGAUACCACAUGUUUGCCAGUCAAUCAUGUCGAUCUUGCUCUAACAUAUACAAAUAUGUGUCUUAUUUUGACACAUCUUAAACUAUACGAUAAAGCAAUACUUUACUAUCAACAAGCAAUUGAAAUACGAAAUAAACAUUUUCCAUCACAGUAUCCAUCUUUUAUUCAGUUCAAACUUAAUGCUUUCGAAGAAGCGCUAAAAUCAUCAAAAAAGUCUUUGAAUAUUAACCUUGAAUUGUUUGGCACGAAACAUGCUAAUAGUAUGAGUGCUUAUAUACAAUUUUGGACAUAUACCACUAGAACUGGUCGUUUCAAGGAAGCUCUUCAAGGUGCAAUUAAAACUCUAGAAAUUUCUAUAGAAAUAUUUGGAAUGAGUCAUUCAAUUAGUUGUAAAUGCCAAAAUACAAUCGAAUUCAUAUGUAGCAAAAUGUCCGAUGAGACAUAG